CUUCUUCUUCUUCUCUUGUCUCUUCAAAACACACACACACACACACACACACUCAUCUUCUUCUUAUAAUUUACUUUUGAUGGAAUUAGUGAACUCCACUGAGCAUCUAUGCUACGUUCGUUGCACAUACUGCAACACUGUCCUCGCGGUUGGAGUUCCAUGCAAGAGACUCAUGGACACAGUCACUGUCAAGUGUGGCCACUGCAACCAUCUCUCCUUCCUCAGUCCCAGAUCAUUACUCCAUUCUCUAUCCUCUUCUUCUUCUUCUUCUGAUCAUCCUCACAUCACUUUUCAGAUGAUGAAAAUUUUAAUUUGUAGAGAGGAAAUUCAGAGAAUAAAAGCCGAAAAGCCCAACAUUCCUCAUAGAGAAGCAUUUAGCAUGGCGGCGAAAAAUUGGGCAAAAUGCGAUCCCCGAGCUUCGACUGCUGCUUCAUCUUCAGUAAAAGAAAGACCGGAGAGUGCUAAUGGUUUCAUCAUAGAGAGCUUGAAUGCAUUGAAGUAACUUUGAGCAAAAGAAUUAAGUUAUCAAUUAAGACAUGGCAGAUCAAGUUUAGUGUAUGUUUGCAUUCUAGUUAUAUAUAUCUAAACACUUUUGUUUGAUGUUGUACUUGUGCUUAAUUUUCAUGUGUUCCUUAGCUUUGUUUCUUAGCAACUUGUUUUUAAAUGGUUGAUUAUGAGUUAUAGAC